UUUUUUUUUUUUGUUCUUCUAUAUAUAAUCAAAAAUCAUUUAAGUAUGGGCGUCUUAGAUAUUAUUCCUGCUGGUGUCGUUACUGGUACCAAUCUUAAGAAACUUUUCGAAUAUGCUCGUGAACAUCAAUUUGCUAUUCCUGCCAUCAAUUGUACAUCCACAAGUACUGUCAAUGCUGCUUUAGAAGCUGCUCGUGAUAUCAAAUCUCCAAUCAUCAUUCAAUUCUCUAAUGGUGGUAGUGCCUUUGUAGCUGGUAAAGGUAUUUCUAAUACUAAUCAAGAAGCUUCCGUGCUUGGUGCUAUUGCUGGUGCUCAGUAUGUUCGAACAGUUGCUACUUCUUAUGGUAUUCCAGUGGUGAUUCAUUCAGAUCAUUGUGCCAAAAAGUUACUUCCUUGGUUUGAUGGCAUGCUUGCUGCUGAUGAAGCUUAUUUCAAAGCCAAUGGUGAGCCUCUUUUCUCAUCUCAUAUGCUAGAUUUAUCUGAAGAACCCAAGGAAGAAAAUAUCGCUACUUGUGUACAAUAUCUCAAGCGUAUGGCUCCUAUGAAUCUAUGGCUUGAAAUGGAAAUUGGAAUUACUGGUGGUGAAGAAGAUGGUGUGAACAAUGAAAGUGUUGAUAAUAAUUCUUUAUACACUCAACCUGAAGAUAUAUGGGAUAUUUAUAAAGCCUUUUCUGAAGUAACUGAUUUAUUCUCCAUCGCUGCUGCAUUUGGUAAUGUUCAUGGUGUAUAUAAACCUGGAAAUGUUGUUCUUCAACCUUCUUUAUUGGGUAGACAUCAAGCAUAUGUAGCAGAAAAACUUCAUAGUAAAAAUCCUAAACCGGUAUUUUUCGUGUUUCAUGGUGGAUCAGGCUCAACAAAGGAAGAAAUCGCAGAAGGAGUCAGUCAUGGUGUUAUCAAGAUGAAUGUGGAUACUGAUACACAGUUUGCUUAUUGUAAUGGACUCUACGAGUACUUUAAGAAAAAUGAUAAAUAUGUACAAACUCAAGUGGGUAAUCCUGAAGGACCUGAUAAACCAAACAAGAAAUACUAUGAUCCUCGUGUUUUCAUUCGUGCUGCUGAAGUAACAAUGAAAUCUCGUGUAGAACAAGCUUGUAAGGAUUUGAAAAAUGUCAAUAUACUUUAAAUCCUUUAUCUUGUAGAUAAUUUCAAUAAAAUAAUAAAAAUAAUGAUUCAUUACUAUA